UUUUCUAGUUCAAAUUUGGAAAAGAACCUUCAUCAAUACAAUUACUGGGCAGAAAAGUUUGAGAUGCUACCGAUGUAUUUUAUGAGCUUUUAUGGCGCACAAAAUUUACAAGAUGUUUUGGAGGUAUUAUAGUUUUGUUCAAUUCUUAUUUUAUUUUUUAAAGCCUGGAUAAAAUAGUCGACCGCAAGACAUGAUUUUUUGCGAAAUUACACGUACAUGUAUACUAUCCGUUGUACCCGAAAAUUUCCUAUUUCUGUAAGGGCGUCAAGUUUUCCUUGGCCACCACGUACUGUAUACACACCUGCGAAUUUGUUUGUCUAUGAAAACCUGGCAUAGAUGGGAAAAGAUCUGUAGACAUUCUAAUAAAAGAGGGGUUCAGAUUUGACUUCCACUAGCACUACCGCUACCUCUCACUGGCUCAGUACGCAUUUGAUUGGUUCAUUGGGUAGAUUACACGCAUUUGAUUGGUUAAUCGUAGCUGUAGCGGCAGUCUAAUCUGAAUCUCUCUAUUUACAAAUGAAAGCAAAGGUGAAACAUUGCAAAUAAUUGUUAUUAACAGUCCAGACCUAAUUGUAGACGGUAGUGCAGUUCAUCACUUAUACUUUAUUUUAAAUCUCUCAACAGGGCGUUUCAGAUUUAUCUACAGUUAUAACUAUUUGUAACUAACUAUAUUAUGUCUAUUUACAAGUUUACAAGUACUACUGCUUAUCGACAUGUUUUCGCUCACUACUCUGGUUUAUAUAUAAAUGAAGCCCAGUCGAAUUUGUAUUAAUUUGUAUUCAUUUAUAUAUAAACCAGAGUAGCGAGCGAAAACAUAUACAUGCAUGGUUGCUGGGAACGAACAAAUACUAUUUUAUUUAUCACUCGUUUAUAUACUUGCGAAACUCGAUUUAGAAACUCGAUCUCUUGCUGCCUUGCCACAGUCUGACAGAUAAACUAAAUAAUUAAAGCAUUUAUUAAUUUCAUCAUUUAGCGUCAUGUUCUCAUAAAUCUCACUUUAUUUUUUCAGACAAUGUCCCACGCAGCUUACGUUUAUGACAUUGAACACGUGAUUGUUGAUAAUCUUCAGUUUAUGAUCUCAAAUUCGUACAGGUAAAUAUAGAUACUGUAUAUCUGUCUGUAAUUUUAUAAAGUUUUGCUAUUUUGUGUUGAACAUACUUCAAUUUAUUAAGUAGUAGUAGUUAAUUCUGAUGUAAACAUAUACCAGCUCUUCGUGCCAGGUUUUGUUUUAUCCUGUUUGAGCUUUCAAAUUUUUAACAUGAUUAUACAAAUCUGUAUUAUGUAUCACUUAAAUGUGGUGCAAUAGUGUCCUGAUUUGAUAUUAAUCAGCUGGUAUAUGUUUACCAAUUUAUAAUAUUGUCGUAAAUAGAGGAUAUUAUACACGGUGGCGCGAAGAUAUGACUUUUUAUCUUCGAGUGGUGAAAACAAUAUUUUACGAACGAGCGCAGCGAGUCAGUAAAAUAUUGUUUUUAAAAGAGAAGAUAAAAGUCAUAUCUUCAAGCCACCGUGUAAUGUUCUGGGGCCGGUUGUAUAAAACUCUUAAUCACUUUUUAAUCACUAUUUUGUAGUUAAAUAGUGAUUAACUCUCAAAUACGCGCUUCUUAUUGGAUGACGUUUGCACUUAAUUAUAGUUAACUUUAAUCACUUUUUUACACAACCGGCCCCUGUUUAUUAUAUAGUCCCAAGCGAAAAAUUGUAUAAAUACUAAAAGUUACAUGAUCGAUAUCUUCACUAGUGAAGAUAUGGAAAAUAUGUCACUGUGUAUUUUUCAGUAUCUCACUCUCUACUAUAUAAUAAAUAAUGAUAUUAGAUGUAAACAAAAUUCAAGAGGGAGAGUGCCUCGCAUGGGUCUUGAGUCCCGUUCGCAUUCUUGCCGUUUGAACAUCGUUCAAUAAAGCUGUUGAAAUAAAAAUAAAAAAAUAAAAUAAGGCAAGGUAGUUUUAAAUACGUUUCACCUCUGUGACCGCGGGGUUCAAUUCUUUCAACAUGUCAUUUUCUCAUGAUUAAAGGGCAUGUACUAAAACACAGAAUACUAAUCUGGAACACCGGAACACGGCGGAACACCUCUGGAACAGUACGGAACACCUCCGGAACAGCACAGAACACGUCCGGAACACCACCGGAAUAGCACGGAACAGUCCGAAACAGCCCGGAAAACCACCGGAACAGCUCCGGAGCUAUGGAUUUUUAGCCAUUAAGGCCACUGAGAUUAAGGCCCAUACAGACCGAACGCGAUUCGACAACGCGACGCGAAUUUUCAGUUUCUAAAAACAAAUAAAACCGUCAACGGAUAAAAAAUUUACAAAAUAUGCAGACCAAAUAGCUAAAAUUGCUUAAGUGGUUCCCCGAAUAUUUGAAAAACAUAGAAAAAUAUUAAAGUUAAAUGUCAUUGAAAAUUCGCGUCGCGUUACCAAAUCGCGUCCGGUCUGUAUGGGCGUUUAGGCUCCAAAUAAGCGCGUCGAACGGGUAGGUAAAAAUGGAGAUUUCUUUCGUAAUACUAGCGUAAUUGUAAAUCGGAAAACGUUGCAACAUAAGCUCAAGUUUGUUAUAUAUAUUUAAGACGAGAGACAUGUAAAAUAUUCAGCUGAGGGCGAAGAGGUGUCUGAGGUGAAGGCUGUGAAGCCGAGAGUAUGAUCAGUGAGUUGAUUAUAUUGUAUAUUAAUAAUCUAGAAAAUAUAUAAAUUAUAGUUAUAUUUUGUAGUUAGUUGUUUUCAUGUGAUUGGACAUGUUGAUCACAUUAAAAAUGUCCUAUAACUAGGUUGAAAGUUGUUAUAACUUUGUCUUGGAACAUCCUAGUUUUGAAUUGUUUUAUAUAAAUGAGGCAAUGACAAUGAUAAAAUCAGGUCAAUCAGGGGACAAGAAUACUAACUACAACAUAUAACUCAGUAUAAUCUAUAUAUUUUCUAGAUUAUUAAUUUAAAUAAUACAGGUAUACAAUAUAAUCAACUGAUCAUACUCUCGCUUCUCAGCCUUCACCUCAGACACCUCUUCACCCUCGGCUGAAUAUUUUACAUGUUUUUCGCCUUGAAUUGAUAUAACAAACUUGAGCUUAUGUUGCACUAAUAUUACCAAAGAAAUCUCCAUUUUUACCUACCCAUUCGCUGGAACUCCUCCAUGUUUUCGAAACAAUUAUAUUUGACGCGCUUAUUUGGAGCCUAAUGGCUAUAACCCAUAGCUUCGUAUGUCCGCCAUGUUCCGGAUUAGUGUUCCCUGUUUUAGUACAUGCCUGAUUAAAGGGAUAUCGGGCAAUGAAUAUUAACUUUGUCUUAUUUGAAAGAACCUUUAAGUAUGAAGACCAUUUACAACUUUUUCAUACCUUGCUUGGUUUUCGAAAUAUUUUGACCAAAAACAGUGUAUUGUAAUUAUGAUGACGUCACAAGCAGAGUAAACUUGUUAAAACAUCUUCAUGUGGGACUAAAUGUCUUCUAAAAGUUUCUUAAAAUGUUGUGAGUUAAUUGAGUACUAAAAAGACUUCGGAAAAUGAAGUUUCAUAUUGAUAAUGACAUGUGGUUUGCAAGAUAAAAGUUUCACUUUUUCCCUACUAUGACGUAUGCAUAUCGAAUGCAUAUCCAAGAUGGCGGAAUGCACGCUGCUUUUGAUAAAAAUAAGUCGAUUUAUUUCGAACACCAAGCAAGAUACUGAAUAAUUGUAAAGGAAGUUUAUAUAUCAUUUUAAACGUUCUUUAAAUAAGACAAACUUAGUUUAUAUUGCCAUAUCCCUUUAAUUGCAUCUCCGCACCACUGAUAUCCCUUUAAGAGGAGUUUUUAAAUGUUACGUAAUACGCGCUCAAAAGUAAUACUGCUUUUAAAGCAUCAUUGAUAAUUGUAUUUUAAUUGACAAAUUUUUCCCAUUAUUUUAUGUUUCUCAAUCGGCAAAUGCAUUUAAAAAGGUAGCUAACUGUAUGAACUAGAGAAUAAACUGCGCCAAAACGAUUUUCGGAUUUGAACACUUUCAUCGCAAAUACGUGACAUAGAAAAAAAUUGUCUCGUAAUAGUUUUGCCCCAGUCGAAUAUGAAAUGAAUGCCUCCAGAUCGACUGAACCUAAAAACGAGUUUCUUUGAAAUUCUGCUUUCCUUUUAACAACUAUUUGACAGAACCAAAACAAAUUUUAGAAUUCUGCCAUCCAGUCACGAAUGAGGGAUCCCACUGUUUUUUAGCUUAGCAUUUAUACAAAGGGUCUAUGUGUAGUGGAGUAUGCACCAUUUAUAAUUGCGAAUAGGGCCGCCGAGAGGUUACGCGGAGCCUGGGGGCCUAUGACGUCAUGGUUGUAAAACGGAAGAGGGAGUGUUUUACAAUAUAUUACACUUUAUUGCAUAUUAUCCGUCACUAACGCAUCUAUAGGAUUUAUAUUGUCAGUUAAGCAAUCUUUUAUCGAGAAAUUUUAAGGGCCUUUCGUUGCUUUGGGGGCCCCCUUCUUAGCUGGGGACCGGGGCAUGCCGCCCAUGGCUGCCCUGAUUGCAAAAUCACAACGUUUACUGUUUUUGCAAAUAUACUACUUUCUGAUAACAUGUUUCAAUUUUUUUUUUAUAUCCUUAGUCCUGAUCGAUUUCAUGCACAAAAUGUAGCAAUUAGUGAGUUUCGAAAGUUUGCAACAUCCAAGAAUGUUCAUGUGACUAUCGUUAUUCAUCCACGAAAGGUAAGAUGAUUUAUCUUAAAGUAUGACUUAUGUGAAAUUGCAUUCAAUUGUGCCCUAGCUGUUCGCCUAUCCAUGGAAUUCUACGCACAGAGGCGUACAUGCAGAAGAGAUAUACAUAUAAAAAAAUAAACGUGUACAACUGAGAUUAUUGCCAUCAUCAUCAUCAUUAUGAUCAUCCUCUUCAUCAUCAUUGUCAUCAUUAUCAUCAUCAAUUUUCUGAGACAUCUUCAAUGGAGUUUAGGCCUCAUUUUUGUAAAGUUUCAUUGCCAUGACUAUAAAGCAACUUCUCAGUGAUGUUAUGCUAUAUUUAAUAUAAUAAUAUACAUAAAAAUAUUACUCGAUUGUGAUUGGUUGAUUUCGGUGCAGUUCAGCAAUCCCAAACAGCAGUGCAAUUUUCUGUAAUCACAAUCCAAUUUUCUGUAAUCACAGUGCAUUUUUUUGUAAUCACAGUACAAUUUUCUGUAAUCACAAAGCCUUGAAAAUAUGACUUUUAUCUUUUUUUAAAUGGAAAAGCCUUUACCUAAAACAAGACUAACAAAACUUACAUAGUUGAGUGGAAUUUUCAGGCUGUCAGUGUUGUAUAAUGUGAUAUAACAAAGCCAGGAAAACUUUGCCAGUGGACGGUUCGCUAUAAACGUACAAUUGUCUCGAAAUUUUUGAUAUAUAUUAUUAAUACGUAAUAACAUGGUUUCUCGACGCGUAAUUUGAAUAAAACAAGCACUCGUGAGUUUUUAAAAAACCUCAAAUAGCUUGAUGCUCUUUGAAAAACUCACUCGUGCAUGUUUUAUCCAAAUUGCACUCGAAACCAUCCUAUUACCUAUACUAAUCUUCUUUAACAGAAUCCACCCGUCGUUGUCACGGUCUACCGUGCUAUCGUUUUCUGUCUUCCAUUCUGAUUAAGCUGUGCGUCUAGUUUUCUAAAUUUCCAAAUCAUCUUAGUCUUGCUUCCUCGAUAUUCUAACCCAGUCGACACACUUUCACUUUUUGUCUUGCCAUAGAAUUUUCACGGACUCCCUAGUAACUACUAUAUAAAUAUGCUUUAUAUGACAGGAGGGUGACGAUGCCGAGCUACAAACAGCGUCUAUCUUUGGUUCAGCAAAAGCAAGUCAAGAAGCAGAUAAUGUUAUCAUUUUGCAAGAUAAGAAAGGAAAAAACGCAGGAAAAUAUCUGCAGGUAUGGGAAGAACAGAGGGACCAGUGUGAAAAUGCUAUCAAUGCAAAAUUUACCAAAUCAGUUUUAUAAUAUUUACUAUAAUGGUGUUAAAAUCCUAAAAUUAUAUAGUGCUUAGUUACCUGCUUUAGUAACUUUUCAUGAGCGCUUGUACCGGUUAAAUUACUGAACCUCAUAUUUCUAUUUGUCUGUUAGGUUACUAAAAACCGCUUUGAUGGCACACUGGGGAAAGUCUACUUAAAUUUCAACCGAGAUUCACUGACCAUGUCAUCCUACCAAGGAAGCACCACGACCACUGUGUCAUCUAAGAAAGACAACAAGUUUAUACGAAGUGCCAAGCCUCCUAAAACAGGCCUGAGCUCUAGAAAAACUAAGACGGAGGGUGAGAAUGAAGAAAGGAAAACAGGUGGUGAAUGCGGGGCAAAAUCCGGAAAUCGAGAAAAGGGGAAAUACAAAGAGAAAAACGUAAGUUCUGAAUCACCUGUUACAUCAAGCAAUAGUGUAGUGUCAAGCAAGAAUAUAAAGGAGUCAAAUUCGAUCAAAAUGCCUAUUCAAGCAAUGAAAUUGAAGAUUAAUAGUGAAAGUGGGUCAAAAGAUAGAAAUCAGAAAGAUAAACACAAUACUGAAUCUUCAGUGAAAUCAAAUACUCCUGUGGUGGCAGGCAGUCAUAUAAAGCACGCGAAUUUAAGCACAAAUUCUGUUGAACCAUCUAGUCAAGCAGCGAGGCUGAAAAAAAACGAAAAUUCAAAAGGAACUGCCUUAAGUACGAAAGCGAUGCGUUUUAAUGGACACUCUAGUAAAAUAUAAUUUUGUUUUAAUUUAAGUUAAACAGUUGGAGUUAAAUUAAACAGUUCGAUGUUAAUAAAGAAGAUUUCAGUUAAACAGUUGGAUGUCAAUAAAGUAUACUGUACAUAAUACUUGAACACUUGUUACCAUUCAAAC